AAAGGCAUUCUCGAACGAAAGGAAUUAGUUGUGGGCAAUUAGCAAUUCAGUACAAGCACUGAAGUCGCGCAUCUUUACGCAAGACAUUGUUUGAGUUUAACUUCUCAUCAUGACUCGAAGUCAUAUCGUUUCUGCGGUCUUCCUGAUCGCCGUUUCUGCAAGUAUGAUACAAGGAGCGGUAAUACCCGCACAAAACUUUCUCCAUGAACAAACUUUUCCCAAUUUCGUGGAUCUUCUAAGCAUGCCCAAGUUUGGCGAAUUGUCUCAUGGUGUUGCGACAUCGGCAGCUAAGGCACUAUCAAGUGCUACCAGCGGUGCCAAAACGUACAUCGAUACCUUCCGCAAUGGUUUGAGCCAACAUAUAACUGUUCCAUCUGAAUAUCCUGUAUUGCAUCGUUUCGUGCACGGAGAAGUAUGGCCGAAUUUUGCGGAUCGAGUGACGGGAAUUGUUCCUGGCCGUGUAAUAUCGCCAUAUCCUUCGAGCAAUUACGGAGGCGUUAAUAGUGGUGCUGCUUCCGCUGCAGCUACAAGUUCUGCUGGAUCCGGAGGAUCAGCAAGGCAAAUAGCUAUUUAAGCUUGUAAUCCACUUGAAAAAAUCGACAUUAAACAAUGAUAUUAUUUAUCAAUUAAUAUGCACAAUAGAUGCAAUAAAUUUGUACAAUGUCCUUAAUAUACUUACUGACAGUAAGUUUAAUUAAGUACAUCGAGAUAAUAAGAUAAAAUAAUUUCAAGUAACAUGUAAUUUCAAACUUUUGUUAAUUACACAAUAGUUAUAAGGUACUUGUUUCUUCACAUAAAAAAAAUAAAAUAUUGCUUUUUAUUAACAUA